UUUGUUCUUGCUAGCUUGAUUAGUUUGUAUUUCACAUCUGAGUCGCGCUAAAGUGACGCAGCUGUGUCUAAAAAAAAAACCUCUCAGUGCAGCUGAACAUGGCGGCGCUGCUGAGAGGUUUUCGGGCUGGAAGGGCACUUCGGGGGCUGGGCGGCGUGGUGGCUGUACCAACAGCAACAACCCCCCAGUGCAGCAGCCUGAGAAGAGGCUUCCACCGUGCAGCACUGAGGCUUCAGGAUGAAUCCAAAUCUGACAAACCCCCCUCCUCCUCAUCCACAACCUACCAUGAGCACCACACGGUUCACUCUGCCGAACAGCACACAGCAGCAGCUUCCCAGGAGGACUCAACAUGUCACCCAGCAGCUGAGGAGGCUUUCAGGCCAAACACCAGUUACCAGGACCAGGGCGGAGAGCAGGGUGAGGAAUACGAAACAGAGGAGCAGCUUCAAGCUCGAAUCCUGACCGCUGCUCUGGAGUUUGUCCCGCAGCACGGCUGGUCGAUGGAAGCCAUAGCGGUCGCUGCUGAGACACUUGGCCUGUCCUCUGCUUCCACUGGUAUGUUCCAUAACGGAGCUGGAGACUUGGUCCUACAUUUCAUCGCCCAGUGCAACUCACAGCUGACAGAGAUCCUGGCUGAACAACACAACCAGGUCCAGCUGGGCCAGGCAGAACCAAAGAAGACUGCUGACUUUCUAAGAGAUGCUGUAGAGACCAGACUGAGGAUGCACAUCCCCUACAUUGAAUCAUGGCCACAGGCGAUGAGCAUCCUGCUCCUUCCUCACAACAUCCCAGACAGCCUGAAGCACCUCUCCACCCUGGUGGACGACAUCUGGUACUACGCCGGAGACCGAUCCACAGACAUGAACUGGUACACCAAACGGGCAGCGCUGACGGGCAUCUAUAACACCACAGAGCUGGUCAUGGUCCAGGAUUCCUCUCCAGACUUCCAGGACACCUGGAACUUCCUCGACAACCGGAUUCAGGAUGUAGUCAACAUGGCCACCACCGCCAAACAGGUGCAGUCGACUGGUGAAGCAGUGGUGCAGGGGCUCAUGGGAGCAGCUUUUACUCUGAAGAACCUAACAGGAAUGAACCAGAGGCGAUGAUGUAAAACAUCUCUCACUCACACUGAUCCUGACCGUCUGGCUUGUCAUGACCUGAAGAUAAAUUUUCUUUUAGAUCUUACCCCUGAUUAUCUGUAUGAGUCUGAAAGUAUUGGAUUGUGGCUUUUAUUCAGCAAGAGAAAGCUAUUAUUUGUCACAGGCCAUAAGAAUCUGUUUAUCUGCAGGACCAGUGACUUUGUCUUCACUCUCCUGCUCAGAUCAGUUUUCCCUUUGUAUAAAAGUUCACAGAGAUCUGUAAUUUUGUUGUUGAAUCAAGACUUUAGUAAAGUAGUUAUUAUUAUGUAUUUAAAAUUUUUGUUUGUGUUUUCAUUAUCUGAUUAAAAUGGAAUCAGUCAUCAACUAUAAAGGCUGAAGUCAAGCAAACUCAAGUCAAAAUGUUUGACUUGGUAUUGAAAAAGAUAGUGUGGCAAUAAAGCGUAAACUGCA